AUGAAGGUUCUCUUUGCUCUUGCUGCCCUCUUUGCAGCCGUCACCGCCAUGCCCCAGAACUGCAACUUCGAGUGCUCAAAUGGAGAGUGCUGCUUUGAGGAAUCUGCUUGUGGAACACCAGGAUGCAAUGAGCGUCGCCGUUUCUGGACUGGCGAGCCUGAGGUGACUUACUCGAAGCCUCAGUAA